AUGGACAAGUACGACGAUCUGGGUCUGGAAGCCAGCAAGUUCAUCGAGGAUCUCAACAUGUACGAGGCCUCCAAGGACGGUCUCUUUCGGGUGGAUAAAGCUGCCGGCAACAAUCCCGAGUUCGAGGAGACCAGGAGGGUGUUCGCCACCAAGAUGGCCAAGAUCCACCUCCAGCAGCAGCAGCAGCAGGAGGAGAUGCUGAUGGCCGCGAUGAACGGAGGGGCUGCCGCCUUCCAGCCCCCUCGUCCCAACCCGCCGCUGGUGCGGGAUUCGAAGCCGCCCCCCGGCGCCGAGGGGCCGCGAGCGAGGCCCUGUGAGGGAGGGGAGCGGUGCUUCGGAGAGAGCAGCGCACGUGCCGAGGCCCCAGGCAGCCAGGCCGGGCGCCGGGACUGGGAAGCAGAGCCCGACAGGAUCACCCGAGUGGGAGGCUCACAGCCUGGCACGGGACGCGGGGAGCAACAGGCUGGGAGCCCCAGCGACCCCCAGCCCUGCCACGGCAGGCAGGUGAACGGCGGCAAGGGCAGGCGAGGUGUCGGGGGCCAUGACCCGAUGGCAACCGGACAGAAAUCCUCCUUCUUUUCAAACGCUGGGACCCCCUUGGCACCUUCAGUGGGUCCAGAGGAGCCCCUGCCACAGCAGGAGUCCUCAUCCUUCACAGCACCCUCCGCUCAGCCCACUCGAGGGUUCUCAGGCUCUGCUGAGCCCUGCAGUCCCAAAGGCAGAGGAGAUGGCAACCAGCUGUGGUACCAGGAUGUCUCAUUGUCCUUCCCACCAGGCUCCACAUCUGUUGCUCCCAGUGUGGAACACCAGCAUGCUCCUGCCUACCGCAGCCCAGCUGGUCACUUUGUGGCCCACGGUCAGAACCACAGGCCUGCCAGCAGCAGCGGGAACCCUGAGCCAGGUUCCUCGCGCCUGGCCUCGCAAGGGAUAGUGGCUUCCAAUGCACCUCAGAUGCUUUUCCGAGAGGCUGUGAGCGGGCCACAGUCAGACUCUGGGCACCUGGAUGGCUCCAGCACAGCAAAGGUGAAGCUGCCCUGCCAGACCCUCCUUCCACAGCCAGAGCAAGGGCCAUCGGCAGCUGAGCUGAAGCUGGAGGCAUUGACCCAGCGCUUGGAGCAGGAGAUGGAUGCUCGGCCAAAGGCCGAUUACUUUGGUACCUGCGUGAAGUGCAGCAAGGGCGUGUAUGGAGCAAACCAGGCUUGCCAGGCCAUGGGUAGCCUCUACCAUGACAGCUGUUUCACCUGUGGAGCCUGCAGUCGAAAGUUGAGAGGAAAAGCCUUUUAUUUUGUCAAUGGAAAGGUGUUUUGUGAAGAAGACUUCCUGUAUUCUGGUUUCCAGCAGUCUGCUGACAGGUGUUUCAUUUGUGGUCAUUUGAUAAUGGACAUGAUCCUGCAGGCUCUAGGGAAAUCAUAUCAUCCAGGCUGCUUCCGAUGUGUCAUCUGCAACGAGUGUCUGGAUGGUGUGCCAUUCACUGUAGACUCUGAGAACAAAAUCUACUGUGUCAGAGAUUACCACAAAGUUUUAGCUCCAAAGUGUGCAGCGUGUGGACUUCCCAUUCUGCCCUCUGAGGGGUCUGAUGAGACCAUUCGGGUUGUGUCAAUGGACAAGGAUUACCAUGUGGAAUGUUAUCAUUGCGAGGACUGUGGGAUGGAACUGAAUGACGAAGAUGGACAUCGCUGUUACCCACUGGAUGAACAUUUGCUUUGUCACUCCUGUCACCUGAAACACAUAGAGAAUGGCACAACCCCAGCAGCUGCCUACCAGCACCACUACUAG